AUGACAUCGCCGGGAAUAGCUUCUGGACCGUUCGAUGCGGCGAGGAAUGUCGGUACCGCAAUGCCGCAAAAUCUGUCCAAGGAAUACUUUCAUAAAUCGCGACGUUGCGGAGAAAAUAGAGCAUGGAGGAGGGCCUUUCUAGGGGAAAAUGGGUCGCUGCAGUCGGUGCACCCUGGAAAGUAUAGGACCGCCUCCCAUCGGCCUACAUGGAACAUGAGGUAUGCCGAUCAUAAUAGCAAGUAUCCAGGACCAGAAAUACAACUAGCACCAGGAAGUCCUCCAGAUUCUGGAAGCAUGGCCGAAAACGACAUACAAGGAGGAAUAAGAUAGACCAACAACAACUGCUAGCUGUGUGCACAUCCUUGCU